GAAGGCCUGAAAAUAUCUGACCGCAUUCUGGCCAUGAAGUAUCGAGUUAUGGCGACCAUAUUAGAGACAGUAGACAAUCCUGGUGUCGCCGUGACGCCAUGCGGAGUGUGUGUAAAGGAAUUAAACUGUCUGCCUGCAGUGCAAAAUAGCUUUGAUGUUCAGCUCAAGAAAGGCAUCCAGGUAGUAAGAGGCUUUUUCGGUCAAGAGGAAAGAAGGCAAAUUAUCUUCAGUGUCUGUCACGUGAAUCGUGUCAUCUACGAUGUCACGCGAACGAUUGGUGAACACGCACACUUUUUGAGCUGGCCUCCUAUUGAUACUGGAGGACACAAAAUCAACCCAUUGUACGACCCAAGAAUAACUAAAGUACUGCUUAAAUAUGGCAUGGAGCACCGUUGUGUUCCACCAUUAUUAUUUGAUCAGAAGGGCGAAGAGGAGCACAAGCUGAAGUGGCCGAUUGGCAUCGCUACAAACUCCGGCGGAGAAUUCAUUGUCGGAGAUUACUAUGAUGGUUGUGUGAAGGUGUUUGACAGCAGCGGCAAGUUUGUGAAUCAUUUCAGUCUCCCUAACGAUGAUGUAAAUACAGAGUUAUAUAUUUACGAUGUCGCCACAGACACGGACGACAACAUCUUUGUACUGACCCUUCUGAGGAGCUUGGCAGAGCUUUCGAGACCUAGAUCUUGGUGGAUUUAUAAACUUACGAAAACCGGUGACCCGUAUCACAGGUUUCGUCUGAGGAGAGAGGGCUGGGUCGAGUACAAAGUACUGUCAGUGACUGACACGGGAAAAGUACUGACAGGAGGAAGGAUCAUGACAACAGAAGAGACGAGAGUAAUGGAGCUGCAGGAUAAGGUGACAAGAACAAAAACAUUAAAGCCAGGAAGAAGGAUGAUGACAGUAGGAAGGAUCAUGACAGGAGGAAUGGAGCCUAAGGUGGAGGAGUAUGACACUAAUGGAAAGUUUGUUCGCAGUUUUGGCAAAGGAAUAUUGGUGAGUGCGUGGGAUUUCACUGUCGCUACUGAUGGCCAUGUUAUGGUAGUGGACAGAGAUGAUUCCUGUGUUCACAUAUUCAGUGAACACGGUGAACAUCUUAACAAAUUUAAACUGCAAAGAAAUGACUGUUACUACACGAGCAUUGCAUUUCACCGAACAGGUGAACAUGUCGUCAUCGCUGGUGCUAGAGAAGAGAAGAAACUCCUGCAGGUUGAGAUAUACAGCAAAGAUGGUGAGUUUGUGCGUAGCUGUGUAGAAAUCCAAAUUGAUGAGAGCUUUUCCGUAAUAGGGAUUACAGUGACUACUGAGGGACGCAUUGCUGUUGUUGUAGAUACUUAUAGAAGUCAGAAGGUAUUAGUUUUUUAAACUGCUCUUUUUGAUGUUUUUCUGUUGUUGGGAUUGUGUAGGGACUUAAUUUAGGGUAAGCAUCAAAACUCUCCAUCACGGCUCUUAUUCGCUGCUUAUUCUCUUAGCUACUAUCAGCGUCAAGAUUUGUUUACACAUGAUGUUUGAGAAGAGUUAUGAGGAGAAAAACAGUCCUGUUUCUACCACACUCGAAAUUAUUAACAGACCCCUCCUCCAUUCAAUGUUUGC